ACGAAUACGUGAUGACGCAACACGUUCUUGGAGUUGUGUUUUUGCGAUGGCUCCCAUCAAAAUAAAACACAUCGUCUCGUUUACAUCACAGGAUAGUAAGAAUGGUGUGAAUAAUCUGUGUGAAGACGGUAACAGCAGCAGACCGUGGUUGUGCAGCGUCCAGGACCGCAGUGGAGUCCUCAGGGUGGAGCUACAGAUGGAGCGAGCAUCUGCUAUAGGAUUCAUUGAUGUUGGCAACUGUGGCUCUGCAUUCAUCCAGGUUGAUGUCGGCCGCUCCUCGUGGUCAUCAGACCAUCCAUAUGUCACCCUACUGCCCACUGCAACACUCAUGAGUCCAGUGGACUCGAAACAGGGCACUGGCCGCCAAAAUGUGCGCAUGUUUAAAAAAGCUGAUUUUCUCCUUCAGGCUGCUGAGGAGAGCUGGGACAGGCUGCGAGUCACCUGCACGCAGCCUUUCGACAAACGCUCACAGUUUGGUCUGUCUUUUCUGCGCGUCCGCACCACGGAAGACGAGGCUGAAGAUUCCUCAGUGCAACAUGACGAUAUUUCUGCCGAAAAUCUGAGCACACCAGAAAAGAUGACAUCCGUGAUGGAGUGGCUUUCCAGUCCGGCUAUCCAAAGCACAUUUUUUGGACAAAUCACGGGGGAUGUCUCCUCAGAUCGGCAAAGAAAUGCUGGGAGUUUGAGUCGGGCAGAGCGGAUGGUCAAAGCCGCCCACUCUAACAGACGCUCUUCGUCAACAUCCCCCAGCAGUUCUACAUCCAGCACAACACCUCCGAGAGAAGAUAACGUCAAAUCCCCAACAGGUGGAUUUAGGACUUCCAGCGAAAGGCCACUAAAGGCCCCUCGUGUGCAAAGGAAGAAGUCUAAGGCACGGCAGAGCCUUAUAAACAGUGGUGCUCCACAGAAGAGAUCCAGACCUACAGCAUCCACCCAUGAACCCAACUCAAUAAGCCCACACAGUAGUGUCCACCAGGCCCCUCAGGGCUCUCCUGAGACGAGAUGUCCUCUUUGUGGAGAAUCCUUCAGUCCCGAUUAUCUACCUUUCCAUGCCUCCACCUGCCUGGAGUCUGAUUCAGCGGAGCUCAUGGGAGUCAGGGAAACAGAGGUCAUGAGCUCACAGUACUCUUCUGUUUUUGGCUCUGGCGCAGAUGAGCAUAUGGUUCCAUGUCCUCUUUGCUCCUUCCGAUUCCCUCCAGACCGUAUUCAGCGGCACGCCAGCACCUGUGGCGACGCGGUAGAACCAGGUACUGUGUGGUUGAACCCAGAACAAUGGCGCGAGAUUGUGAACAAGAAGUUUCGCUUCCCUCCGGAGCUCCUCGGCGCCAUCCGAGAGGGCAACGUGAACAUGGUCUCUUCGCUCCUGAAGACGGGUGACGGCAUCAUCCGCCAGCUGGACGACUCUGAGGACAGGCUAUGGAGAGAAGCGCUGAACUUGUCCAUCCGACUGGGGAAUGAAGACACCAUGGACACCCUUCUCCAAGGGGUCAAGUUUGACUUCCGGCAGAUUCACGAAUCUCUUCUGGUGGCCGUGGACACCAACCAGCCUCGUGUGGUCAAGCGCCUCCUGGACCGCCUCGAUCUAGAGAAGGGAAAUAAGAUGGAUGUUCGCUCUUUCUCAAUGGCCAUUUUUGACCAUUCCAUUGAUGAUUCCCAGUUUGCUCCUGGAGUGACACCUUUGACACUGGCCUGUCAGAAGGAUCUGUAUGACAUUGUGACAAUGCUCAAUCAGAAAGGGCACGAAAUUCCUUGGCCGCAUAAAAUCUCCUGCACCUGUCUGGAGUGCAGGAAUGGGCGGCAGUAUGAUUUGCUCAAGUUCUCGUUGUCUCGUAUCAACACCUACCGGGGAAUUGCAAGCAGGGCUUAUCUAUCCAUCACCGCAGAAGAUGCCAUGCUCAGUGCCUUUCGACUCAGCCGGGAUCUACGCAAGCUGUCUAAAAAGGAACCUGAGUUUAAGCCUCAGUAUAUUUCCCUGGAGGAACUGUGCCAGGAGUUUGCCGUGGAGCUGCUCGGAAUGUGCCGGAACCAAAGUGAGGUCACCACCAUCCUGAACAGCCUCGGGGAUCAGGAUGAGGACAGCGAGGACGAGCUGGAACAGCAGACGUUUGAGGAGGGCAUUCCAAACCUGGCUCGCUUAAGGCUUGCUGUCAACUAUAAUCAAAAACAGUUUGUAGCCCACCCCAUCUGCCAGCAAGUGCUCUCCUCCAUCUGGUGUGGAAACCUUUCAGGCUGGAGGGGCAGUAGAACAGCCUGGAAGCUCCUGGUGUCUUUUGGGAUCUUCCUGACCAUGCCGAUCCUUUGCCUCAUCUACUGGAUCGCACCAAAGUCAAAGCUGGGGAAGACUCUGAGGAUCCCAGUGAUUAAAUUCCUCCUCCAUUCGGCUUCAUACAUGUGGUUCCUGAUCACGCUUCUGGGGGAAUCCAUUGCCAUGGAGGUGUAUCGAGACAGCUUUGCCUCUCGUCAGCAGACCAUCCUGCACAACUCCUUCCACAUGGUCUGGGUGGUUGGUUUUUUCUGGUUUGAGUGUAAAGAGAUCUGGAUCGAGGGCUUGAGGAGUUAUUUCCUAGACUGGUGGAACUGUCUGGAUGUGAUGGUUCUUAGCAUGUACCUGGCUUCCUUCGCCUUGAGAGUAGUCAUCAUGCUGAAGGUCCACUUCCUCUGCCAGUUACCUGACAAACAGGAGGAGUGCGUCUACUUCACCGAGACUUUGCGUGAAGAGUGGCAUCAGGAGGAUCCCCAGUUCAUCGCUGAGGUGCUGUUUGCGGUAACCAGCAUGCUGAGUUUCACUCGCCUGGCUUACAUCCUACCAGCACACGAGUCUCUUGGUACCCUGCAGAUCUCCAUCGGAAAGAUGAUUGACGACAUGAUGAGAUUUAUGUUCAUUUUGGUGAUCAUUGGAACCGCCUUCCUGUGUGGCGUCAACAAUGUCUAUGUCCCAUACAUGAUUUCUCCUAAUCUUGGAAGGUUAAAUGAAACCUUCAGCUUUCUCUUCUGGACCAUGUUUGGUAUGGCCGACCAGACCUACGUGGACAUGCCUGAGUUUGUUUUGGCUGAGUUUGUUGGCCGAAUCCUUUAUGGCAUCUACACUCUCAUCAUUGUCAUUGUUCUUCUAAACAUGCUUAUUGCUAUGAUCACCAACUCUUUUCAGAAGAUUGAGGAUGAUGCUGAUGUAGAGUGGAAAUUUGCCCGUUCUAAGCUCUACUUGAGUUACUUCAGAGAAGGACUGACUAUGCCUGUCCCAUUCAACAUCAUCCCCUCUCCAAAGGCCGUUUUCUAUCUGUUAAGAGGAAUUUGCAGACGGAUCUGCUGCUGCUGCUUCAACUGUAACUCUGCUCCAGACUACCCUCCUCUUGCAUCUAUGAAGAAUGAUGGGAGUCCAGGGGAGAGCCGCAUUUCAUACAGACAGCAGGUAAUCCGUGCUCUGGUUCAGCGCUACAUCGAAUCUGCCAGGAGAGAGUUUGAAGAGGCAAAACGCAAAGAUGUUGGGAACAGGAUCACAGAGCUGAGCAAAGUGAUUGGCACGCUGCACACUGAGAUGAAACACAUUCAAACAGAUCUGUUUGGCCAGUCAGACAACCCUACAGGAGACCCGUCAGGCGGAUCUUCUUUCCUGGGGAAGUACAUCCUUGGAGCCAAAAACAACUUCAGGGGCUUCAGCAAUGAGAGAAAAACUGUUCCAUUACAUGAGCCUAUACUCCAUGAAGAACCAGCAGAAGAGAGCGUAGAAGAAGAUGAAGAGUCACCGGCCGCUGACACAGAGCCAGAGCCAGAGUCAAUCGACGAGCAAAAAAACGAUAACGCUGUGGAAGACGUGAAUGAGACGGAGGAGGGAGAAGAUGAAGGGGACGAGCAGACAGGAAAUGAUGAUCUCACUGAGAUGAGUAUGGAGGGAGACGGUGAAAAGAAUACAGAGAGUACAAGCGAGACAGUCAUAGAUAUAGAGUCCACUACAGAUACUGAAAGUGAAGCUGGUGGAAAAACAGAAGAUGAGAUGAUAGCAGAGGAAGCCAGUGAUAACGUGGAGGAUUACGCCACAGGAGGAGAGGAUCUCGAUGAAACAGAAACUGAGGAAAACAGUAAUGAAACAACAGAUGAAACAAAUGAGGAUGUAGUUGAAGUCAUCGAGGAAAAUGCAGGUGAGGGAAUCAAGAUCGACCUGAAUCAGACAAACCUAGUGAGUUUCUUAGCAAAGAGGAUAGAGGAAAAGCUAGAGAAGAAUUUCACUUUAAUUGGAAACAAAGCAUCAUCUCCAACCGGCAGCGCUGACUCUCAAGACACCGGUUUUGGUUCUCAAGAAUUUGAUCUCUCGACUAGCGGCCCUUAAAGAUCGGAAUCGAUUAGUUGAAAUAACUAGAUUAUGAGGACCUUAAAACUAGCUGAGAGCAUUUUUAGUGUUUUGUGGUAAUAAAUGG